UUUUUCCCCGGCCAGCAGGAUGAGCUCAGGGUGUCCCCCCUUCCCCUUUCCCGAGACACCGAGCAGACAGACAGCGGCGGGGGGACGAGAGAAAGACAUACAGAACAAUAAUAACAAGAAUAAUAAUUAAGGAAUAACCAUAGUGAGAGUAAUAAUGGAUCUGUUGAAGCCGGCCGGGUGUGUGAGCGGGAGGGGGACGCUGUGGGGUGUACUUUGUUAGGGAUGUGUGUAGGAGUGUGUGUGUGUGUGUGUGUGAGUUGGGUUAUGUUUAGUUUGAGAUAAACGGGCUCCGGUUGGGGUAAUACGGGUUCCGUUAGGGGUAUUAGCGGCUCCGCUGGGCUGUAGGGGUGGGUGCUCGGGAUGGAGCAGGAGGCUGGUCCCGGUCCCGGUCCGGAGCUGAUCCCGGAGGCCGGGGUGGAGUGGCUGCGGGCCGAGCUCGCGCGCAUGUCCCGGGAGCUGAACGAGACGAGUCAGGAUAAGAUCCGCGCGGCGGAGUACGGGCUCGCGGUGCUGGAGGAGAAGCAGCAGCUCUCGGUGCGGUACGAGGAGCUGGAGGCGGAGACUGAAGCCCUGAGGCACGAGUUAGAGCAGCUGCGCGAGGCAUACGGUCAGGCCCACUCCGCUCAGAGGAAGGUUGCUGAGGAUGGCGAGAGUCGGGAGGAGUCCCUUAUCCUGGAGUCGGCAUCUAAGGAGGCUUAUUAUGAGCAGAGGGUGCUGGAGCUGCAGGCAGAGCUGAGGCAGUCCAAAACUGCGCUCGCCAGUACGCAGAGUGAGAACGAGCGACUGAGUACCCUCACGCUGGAGAUAAGGGAGAAUGCUGAGCUGCUGGAGCUGCAACGCACUCGUCUGCGUGAUGACAUCAGAGAGUAUAAAGUCCGAGAGUCUCGUCUGUUGCAGGACUACAGCGAGCUUGAGGAAGAGAACAUCAGCCUGCAGAAACAAGUGUCCACACUUAAACAGGGCCAGGUGGAGUUCGAGGGUCUAAAGCACGAGAUCAGGAGGCUGGAGGAGGAGGCGCAGUACUUGAACAGCCAGCUGGAGGAAGCCAUGCGGCUGCGUGAGAUCGGCGAGCGUCAACUGUCCGAGGCUCUGGAGACUGUAAAGAGCGAACGGGAGCAGAAAGCAGCACUGCGCAAAGAGCUCACGCACCACAUGACCCUGGGAGACUCUCUCCUUAGCGGCUCGCUCGACGGACUUAGACUUAGCGAAUUGAACGAGCCCAACAAUGAAGAGGCCAUGCGCGCCAUUGAGAACGGGCUCGCAAAGAUGGCCGAUGACAUCGAUGAUGAUAAUGUGUCAUCCAUGCCGAAGAAGAGCCUAGUGGACGAUCUGCUGAGUGAAUUGAAUAUCUGUGAGAUCCAGAAGCUCAAACAGCAGCUUCACCAGGUGGAGAGAGAGAAGGUGGCGCUCGUCUCCUCCCUUCAGGAGUCUCAGAAGCAAUUAGCACAGACACGUGGAGCGCUAGCGCGCCUGAGUGACGAUUUCGGAGCCACGCGACGUGUCCAGGUUGCAAAGGACAAAGACAAAGAAAAGGACAGUGGUGAGGGUGGAGACGUGGAUGAUUACGAGCUGGACAUUUACGGUCCAGAGAUCCUGCGCUGCAAAUAUGAGGCAUCAGUUGCUGAGGCUGGAGAGCUGAGGGAGGAGCUUAAGUUGUUAAAGGCAGAGCUUGAGGAGGUUACGACAGCUCGUGAGGAGGCGCGGGCACGGCUGGAGAGUCAGGUACGCGAUCUCUCGUCUCAGGUGACGUCACUGGAGAGCGACAGCCGAACAGAGCGGGCACAGCUAGCUCGACUACAGAGGGAGCUGGACGAGGUGAACACGGCUGCAGGCGAGACCCGAAGGACGCUCGGGGUGGCACAGGACGAGCUGGCGUCAUUCAGUGAGGAGCUGGCAAACCUCUACCAUCACGUGUGUGUGUGCAACAAUGAAACGCCCAGCCGUGUCACACUCGACUUCUACAGGGAGGGAAAAGACAGCAAAGAGAAGAAAGAAGGCAAAGAGGUGAAAACAGAGGAGAAACCUGGUUCGGUUUCGAUAAGAGACUCGAGGAAAGAGCCCAUGGACGUGUGUGUCCUGUCGGCCAUGAUUCGGGAGCAGAUGCGGCACCUGCAGCAGGCCGUGGAGAAAGGCACUCAGCUGGCGAGGCAGAGGCUGGCACCCCUGGAGCUCGUAGCUGUGCCUGAUAAAGAGCAGGCCGCCUACAUGGAGGAGAUCUUCAAGCUCAGGUCACUGCUGAGCACCAAACGCGAACAAAUUGCCACGCUCAGGGCCGUGCUUAAGGCCAACAAACAGACGGCAGAGGUCGCUCUCGCCAACCUGAAGAGUAAGUACGAGAACGAGAAGACCAUAGUGACGGAGACCAUGAUGAAGCUCAGGAACGAGCUGAAGGCUUUGAAAGAGGACGCGGCCACGUUCUCCUCCCUCAGAGCCAUGUUCGCCACCAGAUGUGAUGAGUACGUCACUCAGCUGGACGACAUGCAGAGACAGCUGUCGGCCGCCGAGGAUGAGAAGAAGACGCUGAACUCCUUGUUGCGCAUGGCCAUUCAGCAGAAGCUGGCGCUCACGCAGCGCCUCGAGGACCUCGAGUUCCACAACGAGCAGGAGCGCAGGGGUAACGCCGCUGCCGCCGCCGCCUCCACCUCCACCCGCUCCAGAGGGCCGUUCUCUAAGACCAAGAACCUGCAUUAACUGUAGUUGCCAAGGAGAAUUUCCUUCAAAGUGGCUUAAUUGCUGACUGCAGAUGUCCUGCCUUACACACACACACACACACACACUAUAUAUAACACUCCUCUGCGCUUGACUGCAGGCUUCACAUUACAGUUUUUUUGUUUUUGUUUGUUUGUUUUAAUGUAUGUGUUAUAUUUUAUGUUUCUGUAUUCGUUAUCAUGUGACUCCUUACAGAAUACACACCUAAUUGUACGUAUGUGACAUAUUUCAGGUCCACGGAAGUCAGUUUGGAAUUAAGGAGCAUUGUUUUUGCAUUUUAGUCUUAAUUUAUUGUUAAUAAACUGAAUACGCAAAGCUGCAGAGGGCUGACAGUUCUUUAUAGCACAUGACCUGGGUUUUUUAAUAAUUUUUUUCAAUAGGACGUGAUGUCACACCGCAUGCUGAUGUGGGUGAUGUUAACAGAAGGAUUUAAAAAAAUCUUGACUUCUUUAUUAUAAAACUAUUAGCUGAUUCUAUGCUGUGUCACAAAAAAGCCCUGUCUAUCAUCAGUUUUGUGUAUUUUCACUUCUUUUUGUCAGCUACCUCUUUAUCGCUCUUUAAUCCAAUCUAUUUAACAGAAUAAUAAUAUAAGUCUUGUUUCCUUUUUAAAUAUUACUAUUUUGCUUGCUUUGUUCAGAAGCAAUCCAGGAAAAAUGAAUGAGGAAAUGGUGUGGAGGUCUUACACUUUAAUAGCACAGUAUAAAAGACCAGCGAUGUAGAAAACUGUGAGCUACUUCAGGUUGGUUACAGAUAAUACACGUGGCUUUAAUAGACAUAAAAAAAACCAAACCAGCCUCACGUCUCCGCUCCUCAUCGUGACAGUUUCUUGUUUUUAAUGCUGUCUUGAGACGUCCAUGUCGACUUCCCCUCAGCUCAGCAAAUCCCCGUGACUGUUAAAAUCAAACAUACAACUUUCUGACCUUUCACACAAACAAUCAGCAAGAGGUUUCCACGGAAGUAAAGUGGUUCUUGAGGAUGAGUGAAAAAAAAAGUAAUGACAGUUAGAAAAAGAAAGGCUAAAACCUGUCCCUAUAAACCUGUAAACUACACACGCCACCCUGCACACUCCUGCUGAAGUCUGGGAGACCUUGUACCCUUCCAAGACAUGAAGGGAAGUCGACGAGGACGUCUUAAGAGCCACAGAGCUCGGCUGAAGAUACAGGAGAUGUUAAAGUGUUUUCACUUGUGCCUUUAAUGAACUUAUGAACUUUUUUUUUAAACAACACCAGAGCUGCAUUCUCCUCUUUGACUUCUAUUUUAUAUCUAAAUGCUUUCUAACAUGCCAUUAAAGUCUAUCAGUGUUUAAUACUGCGCACAGAGCCGUGCAGUCUGAGUGAGUUUAUUGCUUGUGUCUUGCUUGUUUUUUAGAUGUCUAAAACUUUUUUUCAAGCCUUAAAUAAAUAUCGAUGUGGCACUUCGGUCUGCUGUUUAUACUAUUCCAACAGCUUAUAAGGAAGGAUGUUAAUAUUUUGAUUAUUGAGUACCCGUCAUUGACGGUUAAAGAGUUUGUAGAAAUAGUUAAAGCAGUAAUAAUAUUAUUUAAGGUUGAAGCCCACGUCCAUGUCUGUGUGUCUCUCUGUACAGCAGAACUCUCUGUCUAACUUAUUAAUACAAAGAAAUCCCAUUCUGUAAGGUUGAGUAUCUUACGCCUUGUUUACACUAAGUUGUCCUUCUUUGGUGGUCAGACAAAUACACUCCCUGUUCGGUAAUCGGAGAGUGAAUCACAGAUGAGAAAUGGAAAAAGUA